GCAGCCAGGCGAGAGCGCAUGCGGUGUAAUUAGGGGAUCGCAGCCGAGCAGCAGCAGCAGCAGCAGCGGCGGCAGCUUCCGGGGGGCGGCGAGCGGCAGUGCGGAUGAAGCCCCGCGGCCGAUCGGAAGAGCCGCGCAGCCCGGGGGCGGCGGCCGCGGCCGCGGCAGUCGGCCAGCCCCGCAGCCGCCGCGACUCGUCCGCGUCGAGCCUGGGGAGCGGCGUGCGCUGCGCCUGCCAGUUCUACCAGAGCGACAGCCUGCUGCCCGAGCGCGCCGCGCAGCGCGCCGCCCUGCAGACGCACCAGCGGCCGCCCAGUAGGCCGCCGAGCCGCACCGCGGACUCGCCGACGACCUCGCCCGCAGCCACCAUGCAGCGACCGCGGCCCGCUUCGGGUGAGCACCUGUACGAGCCGAUCUCUCCGCCGCCAGAAGUCACCAAAAUGACGGACAAAGAGGCGAAGUCGGCGGUGGCGGCGGAGAUGUCGGACGUGGACAUGGCCGACGACCUGGCCGACGAGGAGAUGCUCAAGGACGUGGCCGACCUGGGCCCGCGCACGGCCAGCGCCGACAGCCGCGAGCGCCGCUUCCUGGGCGCCGCGCUCGAGGACAGCCUCGCCGUGCCCGACGACGGCACCGAGGAGGACGUGGCCAUGGCGGGCCCGCAGCUCGGCGACUCGGCCAACGGCCAGCCCGCCGCCGACGCCGCCGCCGCCGACGCCGAGGCGGAGCGCCGCUACAUGGCCACGCCGACGCCCACCACGACGACCGAGUCGCGCACCGACUGCGACAUCAACACCAGCCAGCUGGACUCGUCGGGCCUGGAGGACCUGCCGCUCAAGCGCGGCGCGCGCAAGCGCAUCACGGCCGAGCCCGAGGCUGCGCAGCUGGGGCUGCAGCAGCGGCUGCGCUCGCAGGCGGGCCGCCUGCGCUCCAAGAUACGCGGCAUGUCGCGCCCCAAGUUCUCCAUGCCCGAACGGCCCAAGUUCAACCUUCCUGACCGACCCAAGUUCAACAUGCCCGAACGGCCCAAGUUCAACAUGCCCGACCGCCCCAGGUUCCACCUCCCAGAUCGGCCCAAGUUCAGUCUGCCAGAACGCCCCAAGUUCAAUAUGCCGGAAAGGCCGAAGUUCCACUUCCCGGAGAGGCCCAAGUUCCACAUGCCGCAGCGGCCCAAGUUCACGAUGCCUGGCGCGGCCAAGACGCCCGAGGACGAGGAGAAGAAAAAGAAGAAGAAGCCGACGAGCAGCAUACGGCGGCCGCUUCGGGACCGCGCCUCCACAGUCUCCACCGCCUCGUCCACAGCGGGCGGCCACAAACGGCUGUUCGACUUUGAUUUCAGGUCCUACCCGCGCAUCUUCGAUCGCGCGAAGCGGUCGCGUGACUACGCCACCUCGUCGCCCAAGGCCGGGCCGCGGAAGCUGACGCCACCGCCUCAGCAAGUGCGGGUGCCGCCGGCGCGGAAGAAGGGCCCGGUGGGGCAGCGCUGGCUGCACCGCUUCACGGACAUCAAGUUCGCCGACGACGAGGAGAACCUGCCCGACCUGGGCGACGACGAGGAGGAGGGCGGCCCGCCGGGCGAGCGCGCGCGCGGCCCGCUGCCCGCCCACGAGCCCAGCGACGACGACGAGCCGCGCACCGAGUCCACGGCGCCCUUCCACGACAAGGACUUCGGCUACGCCAUCUCGCUCGAGCGCCGCGACCAGCCACCCGACGCCGACACGCGCUACGGCAGGGCGGAGGAGCCGGCCAGCGUGGGGGACUCGGACCGCGAGCAGCGCUCGUCGGGCAGCUCGUCGGACCGGCGGCGCGCCGGCGUGCUCGAGGAGAUCGACUCCGACGAGUUCUUCCUGCGGGAGAAGGGCAUCAGCCAGGAGGACGUGGCCGUCGGCAGGUACCUGACGUCGGAGAUCCGCGACGCGUUCCGCUCGCCGGUGAACGCGCUGCGGCGGAUGGACGCCGACGAGGACGGCGGCGGCGGCGGCCGGGAGUCUCCGCUGGCGGCCCAGUACCGCGGAACGCCCGAGCGCGAGCCGGAGCGCCCGGCGAGGACGCGCUCUCUGCGGCCGGCGCGCCGCCGCCACUCGCCCAGCCCGCCGGCCGAGGCGGCGCAGCCGGACUUCGGCACCUUCCCGCCCGCCAGGCCCAAGCGCAACCGCCGCGCACCGCUGCUGCAGCAGGCGCCGCCGCCGCCGCCGCCGGAAGCUGACCGGCCAGAACGGGACCACUUACAGCAGCAGGAAUCGCAGCAGCAGGAGGAGGAGGAGGAGGAGGAGAAAGAGCUGCAGAAGCAGCAGCAGCGACACGAAGACGACGCCGAUAUCGACGCCGUCCCGGCAACCGAGGACGACGAAGCGAAGGGAGCCGAGGAGCCGUCGGCCCGGGCGCCGCCGACGCUGACGCUGACGGGUCCGCAGGAGUCGGUGGAGACGCAGCAGUCGGCGGACGAGCGCCAGUGGGCCAUGGAGGUGGAGGACGAGGAGCAGCCGCUGCCGCAGCCCGAGCCGCCGCAGCCGCCCAAGAGGAAGCGGCGCAGCAGGAGGGACCUCUCCGACAUCCCGCCAGGCGGCGCGCGCUACGCCGGGGACGCCUCUCCCGCCCGGUACGGCAGCGAGGACUUCGCUGCGCAGCCUAGGUACGCCAAUGAGAACUUCGCAGCCGAAUCCGCUGACAGGUUACAAAGGGACGUUUCCGCAACGGAAGGCGACCGGUACGCCAACGGGAGCUUUGCGGAGGCGCACGACCGCUACCGGCUCAAUGAAGUGCCGACUAUUCGCCGCUACACCACCGAGGAUGUCAGCGACUUUAAGGUAGAAGAGGAGAUCCGGUACGCGGAGGAUGCCGAGGAGAAGGUGGAGGGUCGCUACGUCAACGGCGACGCCCUCCUCGACGACUACAGGAGGCACUCUGUGGACGCUAGGCUGCCCGUCGUGAAUGGCCACUACACCAAAGAAGACUGGCUGGAAAGCGUCCAGUCCAGCAAGCACGAGGCGGCGCUGGCUCUGGAGCCGGACUACAUCAUUCCCGGGGAGGGAGAGAGCGAGCCGGGCCCCCGGCAGCCGCCGGUGGCGCCGCGGAGGCUGCGGCGGCGGGCGGCCGGCUCGUCCCGCGGCACGUCGCUCGCCGACGAGGACGCCACGUCGCGCGGCGCGGAGUCGCUGCCGUCGGAGGCGGAGCAUGAGCCGGAGGCGGAGGCGGAGGCGGAAGCCGACCAGGAGGCGGAGGCGGAGGCGGAGGCGGAGGGGGAACCGGAGCCGGGCUACGCGGCCGUGGUGGCGCGACCGCGCGCCCCCAGCCGCCGCACCAAGCCCAAGUCGCCCCGCAGGCGCUCGCUGCCCGUCACGCCGCGCUUCUUCUCGCUGCCCAGGAGGGCCCUCCGGCCGGCGCCGCCGGUGCGCCCCGUCAGGAAUUACAGCACGCUGGGACCAUCGCGGCCGCCGCGGCGGACCCGCUUGCUGCAGCAGCAGCAGCAGUACGUGGAGAUCGACGAGGCGGCGAGCAAGUCUCUCGAGGGCGGCGAGGAGGAGGCCGCGUCGGUGGAGGGCGGCGUGGCCGGCGCGAGCAGCGCGCUGCAGGCGGGCGACGUCGUCGAGCGCAUGAAGGGGCGCCCGCUGCCGCCGCCGCCCAGGCCGCCCCGCAAGCAGCGCGACGCCCGCGAGGACGCCCAGGAGGUGGAGGACGACACUGCACAGCCAGAAUCUAUAGCAGAAGCAGCAAGGCGGGAGGCUGAAGAGGAAGAGCCUCUAGUUGGUGCGUUGCAUGAAGAUGCCAUGGACGUGGAGGCAAUGGCUGCUGAUGAAGAGCCAUCGGCAGCUGAGGAGGCAUCAGUGGCAACACAGACAGACCCACUGCCUGAUGAUGUGUGUGUUGAGCCUGCCUCUGAUGAGCCACCACCUACGUUUGCCGAUGCCAGCACUGAGACAGAGCUCAAGGAAGCAGUCACCACUCAACCAAAGGAAGAAGUGCAAGAGGAAAUUAGAGAACUGAGAGAGCAGAUGGAAGCCCUUUCUGAAGAGAGCGCACGGCUGAAGGCAGAACAAGAGGCUUUGCAGAAGGCAGCAGAGACAAAAGCAAUGAUGCAGGAGGCAAGAAUCACGGCAUCAGUUGACCAACCACAUGAGCCACCAACACCUCAACCACAGCCACCACCAGAGCCAAUCAUAAUUGAGAAACCUGUACCAUUCUAUGUCAUGCCAGAUGCUGACACUGAGGUUGAGCUUAAAGCUCGGCGGCUUGAGGUGUCGGAGCUGGACGUGGGUCGGCUGACUGUUGGGGAGCUUCAAGCACGCAAGAUGGUGGUGUCAGAUGUGGACAGCGUGUCACUGCAGGCUGCUGAGUUCAGUUCAAAGACAACAAAUUUGGCUGUGAGCACACUUGAGCUUCCAUCUGGACUGCUGCAAGAGCUUCGAGACUCUCUUCAAGCACAGCAGACAGCUGAGUCCGAAUCUCAAGAGCCAGUCCAAACAACACGCACAGAGGCCACAGAACUGCAGGCUGCGCCAGUGGCUGAGUAUCGACAGGCAGCUCAGCCACAACCAACCAGUACCAUUCCACCUUCUGUCAGCCGACAUAGGCAUAGAGAGUAUGAGUCUGAGGAGGAAGAAGAAGUGCCAGUGUCAGUUUCAACACCUGUAAGCAGACGUCGUAGACACAUACCAAGGCCACAGCUGCAACAAUCUAGCACCGAUGAGGAAGAACCUGAGCUGCCAAUAUCACGUCCUGUUUCUCGAGGAAGGUCUAGAGUAGCUGCAGGUGCUGUCAGUUCUGAAGCCAGUGCCGUAGAGCUGGGGCGUCAGUUGAUUGCAACAUGCCAGGCUGCUGCUGUCAGAGCCCUGAAUCGUUCUGUUCAGUAUGCAUGCUCAGUUGCAAAUAUUGAUUCUGAACAGCAUCGUCGUGAAUUGCAGGUUGUACUGUGUGGGCUUCUUGUUGCUGUUGCUGCUCUGGUGUUAUUUGGAUUUGGAUCUGGAAAGACAUUUCACUACCAUCAUUGGGAUUAUGUUUUUCCACCACCCUGAAAAUGUACUGAAAGAAAUUUUUAAUACUUCAAGAUUUUUCCCUUUUCAUAAAUUAAUCUUUGUUGUUGACAAACUUCACCCUAAAAUGUUGCAUCAUUUUUAAAAAUCAUUCGCAUCAUGCACAAUAUUUUCAGAGAUGUAGACACUUAUUGUAAAUAAAAUGUUAUAUUCUUA